AUGGAGGAGGGAGGCAUAAUGGGGAAACGUGAAGAGAAUGAUGAAGGUGGGGACGGUGAGGAGGAGAAGAGGAUGGCGAUGAAGAGGUUGCAAGCGUCGAAGGACGAGCCUCUGAAAAGGUUGGAAGAUGCAGGAACAAACCUUCAGGAAAACAUUCACAAUCCUGAAAUGAGAAAGUCCGUGGGCGGUGAACUGGCGAAGGGCAGUAUUGGCUUGGAUAGGCAGCUUUUGACGGACUUUGAGGCGGUUGAUAUCUCGGUCUUGCCUACAGACAAUUUGCCCAGGCGCCUCUACAAGAAGUCGGAUGGUGCCUGA